UGGGCGCUGUUAUUAUUACACGAUUGGCUCCGAGACGCACUCGGAGUAUCUCCAGACCUUUUAUACACGAUGCUUAUGUAACGAUCAGCCACCGUAGUCGACAAUGAAAUUGUUAUCAGUUUGACUGUUGGGCCUGCUUUGGAAGUUAUUUAUCAGUGAAUUAGGACGAAGUCGCUCAUGGCUUAGAUAAUCGUUGGAAGACCGACACAAGCGGUACAUUACAUCUUACAGUGUCGCAUCAAAAUACAGAAUGGCAGAAAUAACGGAACAAACGAAAGAUGGAGCGGCGAAAGUGGUUUUCAUGAUCGUAGUCUUUAUUGCUGCAACAGCUACAAGAGGUGACUGGCUGUUGUUUAUGGUUUACAUAAGCAAAUCGCAAUGGCAGACGAUGUUGAACACUUCCGCCCUGUACGAGCAGGUGAACGAUUCCGUGUCGUCUGGGGACGUGGGAUUACUGGAGAGCUGGAAAUUACAAAACCUACCGAUUUUCCUCCUGCUAGCUGUGACGUCAUCGUUUGUGAUGUACUACGGAGUUGCGUAUGGAUUUAUGUGGUAUUUCUACAUAAACCGUCGGGACAAGGCUCACGAGUGGAAGUGCCAACCAGACAAGUUUUUGACACCGUCGAAUGAGAGACAUGAGAUUCUGCUUGGGUCGGCUAACAUGCUUGGCGGUUCUUUAGUAUCAGGGGUCAUUGCGUGCUAUAUAAUGAACGGUGGUUAUAGCAGUAUGUACUACGGGCUUUCUGACUACGGCUGGAGUUACCUUCCCCUGUCGGCAUUUGCGAUGUUCAUGUACAACGACUGUCUAGCAUACUACCUCCACCGCCUGUUCCACUAUCCUUUUCUGUACCGGCAUAUCCACAAGAUGCACCACCGAUACCACCAGCCGACGGCCUUCUCUGCUGUGGCCAUGCACCCGGCCGAGUUUGUUCUGUACCAGGGGUAUUUGGCGGCGAUCCCUUUUAUGGUACCCAUCCACCCAGCUGUCUAUGUUCCCGUCCUACUGUAUACCUACUACUACGGACUGAUGGACCACUCGGGAGUCAAGAUGGACGCUUUUUGGCCUUGGCAACCGCCCUCCCAGUUCCAUGACAACCACCAUAAGUAUUUCCAUGUAAACUUCGGUUUCAACUCCUAUCUGUUUGAUUGGCUACAUAGCACCUUGGACAGACCAGACAGAGAAUAUGGCGAGCAUAUCUUCGGGGGUUACGGUAAACCUAAAACCAAACCCAUAUCAAAGGUUCAAUAGCCGCCAUCAGUCCGACGUCAUUUGUUAAUUGUAUUUAUUUCAUUGUAUUUGUUUCAACGUGAUGUUAUUUAUUUGUUUUGUUAUGACACGUUACAGUUUCUGUCCCCGCAUAUUGAUAUUUACGGAAAGCUUAACACUUUAAGUUAAGUUAGUAGUGAGGAAUGUUCCCUGUAUCCACUGCUCACUUCAAAGGCCGAUACAGUCAUGCCAGUUUAAAUAAUAUUACAUUUUACAUGAAACUUUUAUUUGUUUCGUCAUCUUAUAUUAAAAUGAAACAUCAGUUUACCAUUAAAGUAUCAAUAUCACUAGUCAAAAGAUUUUAAGAUGAUCAUACCAAACUUAAAAUUAAUUUAAUGCUAUCAAUAAUGAAUGUUGUUUAGAAUCUAACAUUAAAUCAUCACUCUUUACACGUACAUCCUUACAAAUGACAGCAUUAUAACAGUAGCAAACGUUACUCUGUUUGUUUUACCCCUAUUGUAUGGAGUUAGAAUAUUCUUAUAGACAAAAUGACAUAUUACUGUCACUUAUAUUUCAAAGUCUGGUAUUUCUUCACUAACUAGAGCGGCGAUGGUUUUAUUUUUUGUAUGGUAUACCUGAGGAGAUAGUGUUCAUUUUGCUAAGUCAUACUGCUUUCUUAGUUUCUUCUUCUUUACUAAAAUUUUGUAAUACUCCUUAGAGUAAGAAACAUAAUGUGCUUUCUUGCCACACUUGCCAAUCCAUAUCCUGCUUUAGGGUAUCACUGAUAUUAUUUCGUUGCCAGUUAUCGACACGUAAAGAGUGGGUUAGUAUCAUGUAUCAUAACUAAAUAUAGUGUUAGUAUAUAGUGUAACAUAUAUAUAGUUUGUGUUAGUAUAUAAUAACAUAGAUCUAGUACGUGUAAGUAUAUAGUAAAAUUACGUCUAGAGUGUUAAUAUAUAGUAACGUACAUCUAGUUCGUGUUAGUAUAUAUAGUAACAUUACAUCUAGAACGUGUUAAUAUAAAGUAACGUAUAUCUAGUUCGUGUUAGUAUAUAUAGUAACAUUACGUCUAGAAUGUGUUAAUAUAUAGUAACAUAGAUCAAGUACGUGUUAGUAUAUAGUAACAUUACGUCUAGAGUGUGUUAAUAUAUAGUAACAUAGAUCUAGUUCGUGUUAGUAUAUAUAGUAACAUUACAUAUAACGUGUUAAUAUAAAGUAACGUAUAUCUAGUUCGUAUUAGUAUAUAUAGUAACAUUACGUCUAGAAUGUGUUAAUUUAUAGUAA